AUGCUUUACUGCACCAACCCGAAAUUCAAAGGAAGAAUCUAUAUCGGUUUCACGGUGAAUCCAGAGAGGAGGAUCGGGCAGCACAACGCGGGGCGACACCGUGGAGGAGCCAAAAGGACCAGUGGAAGAGGGCCAUGGGAAAUGGUUCUCAUCAUUCACGGGUUCCCUUCUGAUAUUGCUGCACUGAGGUUUGAGUGGGCUUGGCAGCACCCCCACUCCUCUCGUCGGCUGACCCAUGUGACCCGGCGCUCUAGGAAAGAGUCCAGUUUGGAGUUCCAUUGGCGCGUAGUGUCCAACAUGCUGCGGGCACCACCGUGGAACCGCCUCCCCCUCACCGCCCGCUGGCUCAAGCAGGAAUACAAAAUGGACUUUGAGCCGAACUUACAGCCUCCUCUGCAUAUCCCCGUUGCUUUUGGAUGUGUGCGAGCCAAGAAGAAACCUGCUUUGUCAUCUGGAGACGAGCAAGAAGUGCUCUGCUGGUGCUGUCUCUGUGGAAGAAUUGUUACGGCAGCAGAGAAGUUGAGCUGUGUCCAACCCUCGUGUUCAAUGGAAAGCCACAUGAGCUGCUUGGCCAGACGCUUCCUGAAGUCAGAGCCCGCUCAGCUGCUGCCGCUGGAGGGCCAAUGUCCCAAAUGUGACAUCACAGUGCUCUGGGGAAGCCUCGUCCGCCACAAACAGGGCUGCCUCGGAGACCUGGAGGAGACGGCAACCCCUUCUUCACAGAGUCACUGGGCCGAUGAACUGCAGCUAUGA